AUGAAAACGGGGAAUAUACUGCUAAUUGACUCGCAAAGAAGGGAUCUAGAUUCAGCAAUCUCCUCUACAAAGGGCGGCACGAACAAUGACCAAACAGAAGUAAGCACCACAUAUAACUGGAGAACAACGGUGUGAUAUUCCCCUCAAAAGCAGAGGAGAAGGUCUAGAAUGCAAGGCAUGAAAACCUCUUCAAGUACUACACCUUCGAAUACAAGAAAGCUGACGGAUAGUAGCCAUUCUACCAAUAUUACUAAGAAAAAUUGAAAGGCCAGAAUUCACAACAAAAUCGCUUGAAAAAGCAGAAAAAACAUUCGAAGUAUUCAGAACAAAAUCUUAACUACAGACCAGGGUAAACUUGAGAAGCUUCCAAUGGAAAGGUUCGGGACUCCUGAGGUGGAUCAUAAAUAAGUGCUUACAAAGGAGAUUAGAAAAGAGCCUUAAGGAAGUUGAUCCAACCUUCGGGAAAACUGAAGGGAGGAACAUAACACAUUUAGUCCUCCAGAAGGCCCUAAAGAAGCUUGGAUACUCUUUCACUGGAGCUAAGGUCAUUGAGAUGUUAUUUGAUUCCAAGAAAGUAGCAAUGAAUACAAAAUUGAUGAAUCAAACUCAUUUUGGUACUAAUCCACCAAAUGGUAUUAAGAUUAGCAAGAACAAUAUUUUGGAGGUUUAUGCGGAUAUCAUGAAGAAUUCCUUAGACUGUAAACGCUUAGUUGAAUUAGUAAUGGAGGCAAAGCCCUUACGUAAAAUUCCACCUUUUAAACCCCUUUUGCCAACAUCGACGUCAUUCGCAUCUAUGAGAAGCAGGAAAAAUUUAUGGAAACCUAAUAGUACCUAUGGAGGUUUUGAUAAAGACAAAUCAUUCUUGAGAAGGAAGUAUACUAUAGCUUCUGAGGAGAGAAGUAACACUUCUUUUGCACGGAUGGAUCCUAACUCCUUUGAGUUCAAGAACUCAGCGUCCAAACUUAUAAGCCUUCAGGAUAGGAACAAGAGUAUUCGUAAAAUUAUCAAAAACAGGGUGAUUAAGUGGAACAAUAGACGAUUUGAAAAGGGGGAGGAGAAGGUAAAGGAAUCUGUAUUGAAAGCACGCCGAAAUAUCCAUAACUGGGCUCAAAAGGAAAAGAAAAAUGAGGAAGAAAUCCUGUCCAACUUUAUGCACGUGAAUAAGAACCAACUACAUUUUAUACACAUGAAGGGACUCCUGAAGAACCUGGAUAACCUCCAUGCCUAUACAAAAAAGAACUUGAGGAAAUAUAAUCUGUAGCUUAGCCAAGGUUUUGUACGUUCAAA